UCCUCACAAAUGAAGCAGGCAAAGAUGAAGUGCUUUUGAACCUUCAAUCCAGCAACAGGACAAAGUAGCAGAUCAGUCAUUUUAAAUCUAUGGGUGAAUUAUAAAAAGGACUAUAAGCACUACUUCAUUCCAUUUUCCUGUUGUAAAGCUGUAGAGUUUGCCGCUUCAUCUGAUUUCACAGAAGGAAAAAAAGAUUUUUUGAAGAAUGGAUUUGGAACUCUGCUCUGAAGAGGACUUCAUUUUCCAACCAACUUUUGCUUGAUCUCACUCAAUAAAGAGCACUGAGACAUUUCUGAAAGUCCGAAAGUUGUUUCCAUAAUUGCCUAGAAACUUGAACAUCUACUUCAACAAUGAACACUACUAUAUACUGGGCUCUUACAUUUCAGCCUGUGUUGAUUAAUGCCACUGAAGAGGUCAACGAUUCAGUUCUUUUUCGCAGCAGGGGUGACAAUGGAUUCUGUGAACAAGUCUCUAUUAAAGCAGAGGUGUUCUUGACACUGGGGAUCAUCAGCCUUCUGGAGAACAUUCUCGUCAUCCUUGCAGUGAUCAAGAAUGGAAACUUACAUUCACCAAUGUACUUUUUUCUUUGUAGCCUGGCAGCAGCAGACAUACUUGUGAGUAUGUCCAAUGCUCUGGAAACCAUCAUGAUAGCCAUCUUGAGCAAUGGAUAUUUAAUCAUUGAUGAUCGCUUCAUUCAACACAUGGACAAUGUCUUUGACUCAAUGAUCUGUAUCUCUUUGGUUGCCUCGAUAUGCAACCUUUUGGUCAUAGCUAUCGACAGGUACAUUACAAUUUUCUAUGCACUCCGGUACCACAGCAUCAUGACUGUGAAGAAAGCCCUGGCUCUUAUCGGGGUUAUAUGGAUCGUGUGCAUUAUUUGUGGCAUCAUGUUCAUUGUCUACUAUGAGAGCAAAACUGUCAUUGUCUGCCUCAUCACCAUGUUCUUUACCAUGCUUUUUCUCAUGGCCUCACUGUACGUUCACAUGUUCUGGUUUGCACGCCUGCAUGUCAAACGCAUUGCUGCCCUCCCCGUGGAUGGCGCCCCCCACCAGCGUAGCUGUAUGAAAGGAGCAGUUACAAUCACAAUUCUCCUUGGGGUCUUCAUUGUCUGCUGGGCACCUUUUUUCCUUCACCUCAUUCUGAUCAUUUCUUGCCCAACAAAUCCGCACUGUGUUUGCUACACUUCACACUUUAACACUUACUUAGUUCUCAUUAUGUGCAACUCGGUCAUUGACCCUCUGAUUUAUGCUUUCCGGAGCAUGGAGAUGCGAAAGACAUUUAAGGAAAUUGUUUGCUGCUGUUAUGGCAUGAGCUCGGGACAGUGUGUAUUCUAAAGCGUUAACCCUCUGUUGUCUGUGAAGUCAUUAAAUGGUUAACACUGAAACAAAAACUUUAACACUGUCUCAAAGUGUCAUAGUGCUCAUAAGCACCCAGGGGUUAAGGAAGAAUAAUGGCAAGGAUCUGUGCUUUUUUUGUUCUUGUUCCCUUUCAGUAACAGGUUUGUGAAAAGGUAGAUAAUCAUUUAUGCAAUUUUGUUCUAUUUACCUAGUGAUAACAGAAGCAAAAUCAUGCAGUUGGGGAUAAGGUGAUCUGUUGAUUACAGGAUUUGGAGAAAUUGCUGUAAAUAUCAGUAUUAUGGCUCUCCUGCUCCUCAUAGUUACAUUGGAGAGAUAAUUUCAACUGGUGCACCUUCUCAUAUCAAUUUGCUGCCAGUGUUUGAAAAGCUGCACCUGAAAGAGUUCUCUCAUCUACACAAUUAUUAAAGGUAGAGGAAAACUUGGACAUCCUAGAUUACAGUUGCUUACUGUUGUGCUUACAGUUCAAUCCUGUACAUAUUUACUUGGAAGGAAGUCCCACUGUGUUUAGGCAGGCUUAGUAAGCAUCUUUAGCCUAGAAAAGAAGAAGUAUGGAGCUCCAAAUAUACUUACUAGAGAGAAAGUUCUAUUGAAUUCAAGAGACUUACUUUUGAGUAAAAGUGUUUUGGACUGCACUGUAAGUAAUAUUCUUGUAUUCUGGACUGCCAACCACUCUUUAAAAAAAAAUCAUGCAAAUCAUUAAGCCAGCCAGUAUUGUUUUAAAUGACAUAUCUUGAGCAAUCUAAAUAUUGAAAAGACAAGCUAACAAUUGCUUUUUAGAGAGCUUUGGUGUUUGUUCCUGUGUUUCCCAGAACACAGAACCAUUACAGAAGCCAACUUUCACUGACUCUCUUUCCUAGCUGUUUAAUAUAUAUGGUAUGGGCAAAUCCCAUCUCACAGGUGGGUUUACUAAAGAAUGCACCAUUGUUUUUCAAUGAAAUGUGAGUCCAGAUCCUACUGCAGGCUAGACAAAUUGGAGUUCAAGCCGUUCUCUGAAAAAAGAUCAGAAACAUCUUUCACAUACUCAUGCAAACAUUUCUUCUUCAACUGGUAUGGUAAUUAAUAAUAUUAUGUAAGGUACAUAAUGAUAUUGAGAAUUAUAGAAAUAAUAGAAAGUACACAAGAAGUAUGAGGGCAUAAGAAGCCUGAAAAGGCAUGAAAAUCAUAAAAGUGCAUAAAAAGGAUGGAGGGGCCAUAAAAAGGGAUGUAAAAAGAUUAAAAGACAUGAAAAGAAAAAAAAUGCAUAAAAGCCUAAGUAAUAAAACUGGAUAACGGCCAGACUAUAAGGCUAUAACGGGCAGUAAGAAAAAAGGAAGAAAGGAGCCAUAGAGGAGUGUAAGUCUUUCUAUUGAAUCAGUAUUGAGUGAGCAAAGUGUAGAGUCCACUGUGAGUCAUCGAGGGUGGAGUUCCACAAGGCUCCAUACUGUCUCCAAUGAUCUUUAACAACUACAUGAAAGCGCUGGGAGAGAUCAUCAGGAGAUUUGGUGCAGGGUGUUAUCCAUAUGCUGAUGACAACCAAAUUUAUUUUUCCCUAUCAACUUCAUCAGGAAAUGGCAUAACUUCCCUAAAUCCCUGUCUGGAGGUGGUAAUGGGCUGGAUGAGGGAUAAUAAACUGAAGUUCAAUCCAAAUAAGACAGAGGUACUGAUUCCUGGGGGGGGGGAGGGUCAAGCACUGAGAGAGAUGAGGUUACAUAGUGUGGGAGUGCUCCAGGAUCCCAAACUCUCUGGUUUCUCAGGUUGAGGCAGUGGCCAGGAGCACUUUUUAUCAUCUUCGGCUGAUACGUCAGCUACACCCAUUUCUGUAGUUAAAUGACAUUAAUACAGUAGUACAUAUGCCUAUACCUCUAUAGGGCCUAGGUCUAGAGUAUUUAAGAGACUGCCUUCUUUGUCAUGAAUCCUGCCACCUCAUCUGGGGAGGUCUGGUUAUGGUUGUCACCGGCUUAUCUGGAGACAACUCGGGUUGGGUCAUCUCUGUGGUUGCCCCAGGGCUUUAGAAUGCAUUCCCUGUCAAAAUAAGAGCUUUUCCAUCUCUGAUUUAUUCUUAAAGGACCAUUAAGACAUACCUGUUUUCUCAGGCUUUUAAUUAAAACUAAUUAAAAACUGUUUGGUGGUUUUAUUCUAGGAAAUUAUUUUAAUUGUUUCAUCCUGUGCAUCGUUUUUAAUAGUUUUUAUUCUGUAAAAGUGUUCCAGUUGUUUGUUUUUAUUUUUUAUAUUGUAAUUUGGAUUGUGUACACUGCCUGGAGCUGUAUAUAUCAGGCAGUAUAUAAAUAUGAUAGACAGAUAAAUAGAUAGAUAAAUAAAUAAAUAAAAAGACCCUUAACACA